UAAUCGUCCGGCCAAAACGACGGACACUGUGACUCAACAGGCAACAGGAGAACCUGUUAGUAUUUUUGUAUUUGAUGCUUCCAGUUCAGAAACUCCAGUUAUGCUUGACAUGGCCAAGUUAGCCGUUAAACGUACGAAAACUUUGAGGCAUCCAAGUAUCCUUUCCUAUGUUGAUAGCUUGGAGACAGACAAAUUUAUUUAUCUUGUUGUUGAACCAGUGGAACCUUUAGAAGUCCAUCUAUCGAAAACCACAAGUACGUCUGAACAGAAGCAAUUUGCGAUUUCAUGGGGUUUACAUCAAAUAGCUACUGGUAUAUCAUUUCUGAAUAAAGAUUGCCAAUUAUGCCACCACAACAUCUGCCUAGGAUCAAUCUUUGUCGAUCGUGCAGGUGAAUGGAGAUUGUUUGGCUUGGAAUAUGUAACACCUGCUGCAGAGCCUCCACCUAUCAAAGUUUUACCUUCUCUGAAAAAUUACAAUCCACCUGAAUGUGAAGCACCUACAAAACAGGACUGUCCACCUUGGGCAUCAGAUAGCUGGGGACUUGGGUGCUUGAUAUGGGAAUCAUUUAAUGGUAGGCUGCAAAAGACUUCAUUAUUGAAAGCUCCUGGAAAGAUUCCAAGUAGUUUGACUCCAUUUUAUUGUGAGCUUGUUUGUGCGAAUCCGAAGUCCAGGCCCAAUGCAUUGACUUUUUUGAAAAAAGCAUCUAAAGGAAAAGGGUUUUUCAAAAACAAAUUUGUUGAAACAAUGCUUUUUUUAAGCGAAAUUCAUAUAAAAGAUAAUGAAGAAAAGAUAAACUUUUUUAACAAGUUAUCAUCUUCCCUGGAUGCUUUUCCUCAAGAUGUGUGUCUGUAUAAAAUUUUACCAGAGCUUAUUAAUGCUUUUGAGUAUGGAAAUGCUGGUUCUUCAGUUCUUUCGCCACUUUUUAAAUUAGGAAAGCUUUUAUCAGAAGAAGAUUAUCAGAAGAAAGUUGUUCCUUGUGUAGUUAAAAUGUUUUCAUCUAAAGAUAGAGCUACGAGAGUGAAACUAUUACAGCAAGUAGAGCAAUUCAUUGAUCACAUUCAACCUUCUGUUGUUAAUAGCCAAAUAUUUCCUAAUGUUGCUCAAGGAUUUUUAGAUACAAAUCCAACAAUUAGAGACCACACAAUAAAGUGUAUGGUCUACUUAGCACCAAAAUUAAAUUAUCAGAAUUUAAAUGAAGAAAUGCUGAAACAUUUUGCAAGAUUGCAGUCCAAAGAUGAUCAAGGAGGCAUACGAACAAAUACAACAGUUUGUUUAGGAAAAAUUGCAUCCUAUUUACAUCCUCAAACUAGGAAGAAAGUUUUGAUCAGUGCGUUUUUAAGAGCUUUAAGGGACUCUUUUCCUCCUGCACGAGCAGCAGCUAUAUUAGCUCUUUCAGCUACUGAGCAUUAUUACAGUGUCAAUGACUGUGCAACUAAAGUAUUACCAGCUCUUUGUCAUUUCACGGUCGAUCCGGAGAAAUCUAUUAGAGAUCAAACAUUCAAAGCAAUUGGAGGUUUUCUUUCAAAGUUGGAGAAAGUUUCAGAAGAUCCAACCUUGCUGGAAAAAUUGGAAAAAGAACUAGAAACAACUGGUCCUGCCUCAAUUGCUGCCAGUUGGACAUCAUGGGCUGUGACUUCACUUACUGACAAAUUAUAUAAUAGAUCUAGGACAAAAAGCCCCAGUCCAUCUUCAAACCAAUCUCCAACAGCUAUAUCACCGACCUUAUCUGAUGCUGCUAAAAAUGCUGAAAAAGAUGUCAAAGAAGAAAAUUCACCAGUUAGUAAUACUGAUUCUUGGAGCAAUGACUGGGACGAAGAGAAUUGUCUUGAAGAAACUGAAAUGAAUUCAUCUUCAGCAGACUUUGAUGAACAAAAAGAGGAUACAAACGACUGGGAAGACGCAUGGGAAAGCUUUGAGACGGAUAAGGCGUUUGCUAAGAAUACUGAAAAAUUAAAGAGUUUUUUCCCAACUGAAGAUGAAGAUCCAUUUCAACCGUCUGAGAAAAAGCUUGAAGUGCAAAAAGAAGUUGUUAAAGACUGGGACUCACUGGAAAGUUGGGAGACUUGGGAAGAUCCUAAAGAAGAGAGUACAUCUUCGAAGAUUGAAUCUCACCGACAAAGACAAGAACAGAAUCGCUUAGCACGUGAGGAAAAGAGGCGACAACGACAGAAAGAACAGCAGCAAGCACGACCGAGAAAACUGGGAGCGCAAAAAAUUUCCUGAAAUAUUUAUAAUUCAGUAAUGGAUGUGAUCAUGAAUAUGAUGUUUUGUAUUAAAAUAAUUUUAUCUAAGUCAUAUUUUAUGUAAUAAAAUUAAUUUUAUAUCAGUAUGAAAAUACUUCCUUUUCAAAAAACUAGAACUCAGUUUCAUUUAAAAAAUGAAUACAAUUGAUCUUCUGUAUAUGAAUUUUUUCUAAGAGUCUGUUAUGCAAUAAAUUAUAAUAGUUUUAGAUAUACAUAAAUGAAAGACUCUGCUUGUGAACUUUUCAUUUGUGUGAAAGAAAUGCACAUGGAAUAGUAGUAAAA